UUUGGUCGCUUAGCAACAGUGCAAACUUUCACGAGCUUCUUGCAAUUAAACGGGUGCGCACAGGUGCAAGUGGCGUAAGACUGACUUUCUUGGUGUCUUUCGGUGUUCGCGAGUUUUUAAAUCGGUGAAAGCACCGAUUCUGCAAUGUCGACUGCUUCGCCAAAGAAAAGGGGCUCCACCAGCCGAAUCGCAUCGUCUCAAGGGAUACAAAACAAAGAAACGGCAUCACUGGUGGCCAGCGGCUCAGAGGGUCUUGGGGAAGGUAAAAGGGCCAAAUUUCCGAUCUGGCCCGAGUGGAGCGACGCGGAGGUCAACGCCGAGAAGUGGGAAGCCGCCAAGGGGUCCAAAGAUGGAAAAGCAGGGAAAAGCCCGUUUGUCCCGUUCUUCGAAGACCCCGAGGGGAAGAUUGAGCUGCCCCCAUCUCUGAAAGUUCACUCGUGGAAACGCCCUCUGGAAUACAUACUCGCGAAGGCUCCUGUUGUGGUGGAGAAUGAAACUGCCUUUGACCUUGUGUCAGCAAACGAGCAUCUGCUUGCAAGUGAGCUGUUAAGAUGGAUAAUCAGCGAAAUAUGCAUCGUUUGGACCACCUGUAACGGGAGCACCGCCAUGGAUAGGAGGGUUUCUCCUGAGCCACCCAGCCAGGGGUGGAGACCAUGGGAGCACAUCUACUCCCUAUGCAAAGUCGCCAAGGGCCACGUGCCCCUCUACAACGCCUAUGGGAAGUACGUGGUCAAGCUGUACUGGAUGGGCUGCUGGAGGAAGAUCACGGUGGACGACGCCCUGCCUUUCGACGAGCAGAACAACAUGCUUCUCCCUGCUACCACCGUCCAGGCAGAGCUGUGGCCCAUGCUGCUGGCUAAAGCCAUCAUUAAGCUCGCAAACACAGAUGUCGGCCUGCAUCGUUGGAGGGAGCUGGGAGACUUCACUGUCACGCACGCGCUCACUGGCUGGAUCCCCGAACUUAUCCCCCUACAGUCGCGGUACAUCGGUAAAGUUUGGGAUUUCCUGCGGGGAACGAUCCCGGAGUUCCAGCCCGCGGAGGAGGACGGCGGCGAGGAGAGGCCGUCGCCGAAAGACUCGGAAUCCCGGGCCGAGUCCCGAGGCCAGAACGAAAGCGCGAGCGAAUCGCCCAUGGCAACCAAAACCCCAGAGAGAACGCGAGAUUCAGCCAAGCGGAGGGGCAAAGACUUGGACAGAGACAGAAAAUCCUCCCUGGCCAACCGGCCUGCUUCCAUUCAGCCUGAUGCAGCGAACCUGCCGAACGAGGAAAGUAAGCAGCCGCUGGUCCCUCAGAUGAUAAUCUGUGCCAGCUAUCAGCCUCUACACCUCUCAGAAGAGAAGACUUCAGUCCUGGGUCAGAUGGCCGACUCCUCAGAGAAGCUACGUCGCUACGGCCUGUCCCAGUUACACAGCCACCCGGUCCUGCUGACCCGAACGCGGGCCUGUCCCCUCAACGCCCCUCCCAAACCUCCCCCCGUCCCCAGCUGGAAGCUCGUCCGCCCCAGGAAAGAGGGUAACCCGACCGAUGAGCCCAAAGAAGCCCCUGUGGUGAAGCUGGACCAGUUUGUCGAGGUCUCCAGCCUGUUUCUGAAUUAUAGCCUGGUGGCCAUCCCCACGCCUCCAGAUCUGGAGGAGCAGCAGCAGCAGCAGGGGUCCCAGCUCAGACGGGCGUGCAGCUCCUUGCUGGCGUCCUGCGCCGAGGCGGGGGACGAGGGCGAGGGCGUCCGGGACACGGGCAGCGCGGAGGCCGCGGGGCGUGGCGCGGUUUCGGCGGGCGCCGUGGAUACCGCAGCGGUGACAGCAGAGGACAAGGCGAACCGCGACGGGAUCGCCGACGGUGAGAUCGUCCGUGUGCCUGUUAACGACCGGGAAGUACCCGAAUCGCCGCAGGAGACAGAGAAACCCAAACAAGGCGCGGGAACGACCCCCCCACUGGAGAAGUCCCGGGACGCCUCUGUGCCUGAGAGACCUGUGCUUCGGGAGACCUGGAUCGACUUGGACGAUCUGUGCACGUGUUUCCAGACUCUGAUGAUUUUUCACAAGCCGAACACGUACGCCCAUCAGGCCCAGAAGUCCCACAUGAAGAACGGCGCUAAGACCGCAGCGGGUGGGGCGGCAGGGUUCCCCGGGACGUCCCGGCAGCAGGGCUCCUCGGUCGCGCCUGCUCCAGGGAACGCGCAGGCGGCAGACGAGACGGGCGCUCACUUCCUGUUUGUGGACAGUCUGACGGCCACAGAAAUCUUAACCAGCUUCUCCGCACUGCUGCACUGGGGAGAGACUGCUGAUGAAGAGAAGGACCCCUCGGCGUUUCGCCCGGCGUCCCUGGCGGCCGAGCCGUUCUCGUGGAAGAGUGCCCGCUUCCGCCUGCCCGUCCUGACCGUGCAGACCACCUCCGCCAAAGCGGCCGUGCUCUGCCUCCCCCCCGGGCGGCACGUCCUGCGCUUCUCCCCGAGGGCUCCGCUGGGCUACCACGUCCAUCUGUGCAGCACCACGCCCUUCGUCUUCGGCGACGAGGAGAGCGUCAUGCCACACCUGGACAAGGAGAGCCUGCGGUUCACAGAGCAGGCCGCGGGGAUCCUGCGGGCCCUGGGGAGAGUGGCGAACGCCUUCGCUGAGGAGCGGGAACUUCCGGCGGCCAUGACGGAGCUGGAGUCCGCUCACUGCCCCCCCUCGCUGCGCGCCUCCCCCGGAGUCAAAGGGCACUUUGAGGUGUUUAACGAGGCGCUGCUCCACGCGAUGACCUCAGCGCUGGGGCGGGGGCUCGCCCCGGAGGAGGUGCACGCGCUCCGGGCCCUCACGCGCGACCCCUCCCUGGGGCAGGGAGGGAGGGAGGACACCUGUGCGGGCCCAGCGACAGAAACGCCGGAGACGUGGACCAACAGAGAUCCCACAGAGACGGAGAACAUGGCCGCCACCAUGCUGCAGGCUACCUGGAAAGGCUUUCACACCCGCCAGGUCCAGAACGCCACCAGAGCAGGCACGCAGGAGAAUAUGAAGGUUUCUGAAACGCUGCAGAAGCUGUGGGCAGCUGUGGAACCCAAUGCAGAAAAACACGCCGUGUCUUUGUUAAGAUACAUUUUCUCCAACAGCCCGAAGUCCGCGGAACACUACCCUUGCCACGGCGACGAGGAGACCAGGGUUCCGUUCAAGGACUAUUCCGUGACAUUCCUGGACCAGCCGAGCAAUUCCUGGUUCCUGGUCUUCAGGGAGGUGUUUCAUGUCCCUAAGGACAUGCUGGUGGUGCCCAAGGUCUGCUCUCCGGUUCCUGGCUGCGUGCUGCACGUCAUCGAUAACGACACGGGCGAAGAGGUGCCACGGAUCUUCCAGACGGUGGAGCCUCGCGUGUACAAGCAGAACCAGGGAGGCUACACCUUCGUCGCCGAGGCCCACACCAGAGACGCGCCUGUCCCGGGCGGGCGGUGGAGGCUCCGCCUCAUCGGGUCACAUGACCUCCUGCCCUCCCUCGGCCGGGAGGCUCCGCAGGGCAGCUUCUGCGUCCGAGAGUUUCGGGAUUACUACCUCCCCAACGACAAGAACGUCCUCUGCAGGUUCUCCGUGAAGGUGACGGCGGACCACGUCAGCACCGUCCAGGUCCAGACGUCCAAUCCGGGCGUCUACGUCAGGCUGGCGGUCCUGGACCACGAGCUGGAGGUCGCCGGCGCCUCCGGGAAGGGCAGCGUCGUGAUCCCGGCGUUCCGGUUCUUAUCCGACGGGCGGCCCGGCCCGCCCCCCAGCGACAGCGGCGGCUCCGGCGGCGGCCAGGGAGACGCGGGGCCGACAGCCGCUCCCCCGGGAGGGGGGGCGGGGGAGAGCGGCGACAAGCAGCCCGCGGAGACGGCGGGCCACAAGUACAUCGUCCAGGCCGAGGUGUUGCACAGGAGCUGGCCUCUCGACGCGUCCCAGAAUGCCUUUGUACAGGCGCUCAGAGACGCCGAGCGGAACGACUCCAAAGUUUCCAUGGAGAAGCAGGAGGACACGCCCACGUCCGUCAGCGCGGAGACGCAGAGCGGCGACAGCCAGAAGUGCGCCACGCCCAAGUCCACCCGCAAGGGCAAGGAGAAGGAGAAGGAGAAGGAGAAGGAGAAGCCUGCUGCCAAACCCGGGUCCAGGCAGGAGGCUCAGACCCUGGACGCCGGCAGGCCGCAGUGGGCCCUGCGGCUGGUCUGUGACCAUGGCGACGGCGAGGCGGCGGAGGUGAGGAAGGACACGGAGAGGGCGGACCAGAUCAGGGCCAUACAGCAGGCCUGGGAGAGAGCCGAGCCAGGGAGGGCCGUCAAGGCCAUGCAGGCCCGGCUGCAGUUCAUCAACAAGACCCUGCGCCGCGACGCCGCCGAGCCUGCGGAGGAGGCGGAGCCAGCCGUCGCCACGGCAGCGGAGGAGGGCGAUGAAACGGGCUAUCGCACUCCUGCGGCCCGAUUAUGUGGUGUUUAUUUUGACGUGCGCUGCGUGGGCUCACUCAGGACGCUCCUGAUUUAUCACCGGACGGCCCGUGGAAUCGCCCGUUUUUGUGUUACACGCGACCGUAGAUAAUUCUUGCUCACGUCAGUCCUGGAGAACAGAAGCCUUCCUCCCCCUCCUCCUCCUCCUCCUCGGUAAUAAAUCCCGGUGAGUGUUAGCGGCUCUCGGUGGAGUGGCGGCUCGGUUGCUGCGGUGAGCAGAACUGUCCGCUGGCUCGGGUAACGGGCCGGAUUUGGGCCCGGCUCCUGCCCCCCUGCAGCGAUCUGGAAUCCGGCGUGUCAGCAGAGUCCCCGCGCCCUGAGGAGGAGAUGAGAUAGACCUGGAUAUCCACUGUUUAAUUACACACACACACACUCAGAGAGACAUGCAAUACACACGCACACUGAGGAGGAGAUGAGAUGGAGAUAGACCUGGAUAUCCUCUGUUUAAUUACACACACACACACACAGAGACACACACGCAUACAGAGAGACAUGGAUACACACGCACACAGAGAGAGACAUGCACAUGCGCACACACACAUACAGACAGAAAGACACGCACACACAUACACACACACACAUAUAUAUACCCACACACACACACACAUACAUGCACGCAUGCAAGCACACAUGCGCGCGCACACAUACACACACAACAUCCAAGUGUUCUCGGAGCAGACACAAGCAGCCUUAUGACUGGUGUCUGUGUGAUGGUGAGCAAUCACAGCAGUGUUUGCUAAACGAGAGGAUUUGAAGAUCUCAGAAUAAUUGCACACGCAGGUUCUUCUCAGGAUACAGCCGCACGUCGUACUUGUGGCUGUACCCAGUCGUCCCCUGAUGAGGCCCCGCCUCCACAAGUUCAGCUCAGGUGCAGGAGUUGCGGAGAGGCUGAGCUGAGCUUUCAGAUUUAUAAACCCUCCCCUCUCAUUGGUCAGCCAGGCCUGCCGGGCUUUUGUGACAUCACAAACAGCCCCGAGACCUGAACUCUAUUAAGUAGAACACGCGAGAUGCGUACACGAGGCCAUUUCCUGAACGGAAAACCGGGCCCUGAGGUCCUUUCUGAUUGGCUGGGUGAAAAGGGCUUGGGUUUAAUUCUAGAAUAUAGCUAAUUGGCCCUUUCGCCUGCGUUCGAGGUUUGGGAUGUAAAGGAUUUUAAUGGGCCGGGCACAGACUAGUGCACUCAGAAAAUUUGGCAGAUCGUCAGGGUGUGCAGUGAACAGCUGUGUGUGCUGUGUUUUUAUUGGAUAAUGAUGUUUUUCUCCGCUG